GCCGAUCUCUUGCAGCCACUUCUUCUUCGGCCCCACUUGUACAACAUCAAAUUUCUGUGAUAAUAUCCAAUCGUCGCGCGCUGUUGCAUGUCAGGUGGGCUCACCAACUUUUCGUGACGGUUCUACUAAACCUAACCUCCACCACCCAUCUUAAUUUUAAUUCCUCCGCAAGAAGUAAAAAAAUCGCCAUGGAUCACUCAGAUAGGCAGAAUCAUUUCGUCCAACACCUAAAGAACUCCAUCUCCAUGUCAAAUUUCACAGUCAUCGGUUUUCUCUCAAUUGGAUUGCUCUACUUCUUCAUUUGGUCUCCUUCAAUCUCAAACCCUUUCUCCUCCCUCCCCCUCUACCAAAACAUCAACUGCCCCCACUAUAAUUCAUCUUUUAAAACUAUCAAGUUCCCUAUAGAUGAGCUCGAAUUGGCACUGGAGGAAGCUUCAAUGGCGAACAAAACAGUAAUCAUCGCAGUCGUGAACAGAGCAUACGUAGAACAGGGCGUAAACGCUCAAACCACGAUGUUGGACCUUUUCACGGAGAGUCUCUGGUUGGGAGAGGACACUAGGCCACUGCUCGAUCACCUUCUGCUCGUCGCCGUCGACCAAAUCGCGUACGAUCGCUGCAGAUUCAAACGACUGCACUGCUACAGACUGGUGACGGAAGGAGUCGAUUUCGGCGGCGAGAAGGUGUACAUGUCCAAGGAUUUCGUCAAGAUGAUGUGGCGGAGAACGUUUUUCCUCCUUGAAGAUAUGGAUGUAAUGUGGCUGCGGAACCCAUUUUCAAGACUAAACCAUGAUGACACAGUCACUAACGACCUCCAAAUCAGCGUUGACAUGUUCAAUGGCGAUCCACAGUCGGAGAAGAACAUGAUCAACACUGGAUUCUACUACGUCCGAGCAAACAGCAAGACUGUUUCGUUGUUUGCCUUGUGGUAUGCCCAAAAGGACAACUCCACGGGGAAGAAAGAGCAAGAUGUGCUCGUGGAGCUGAUGCGUGCCGGAUUGUUUGGGCAGAUGGAACUCCGAGUAAGGUUUCUGGACACCCGGUUUUUCAGCGGGUUCUGUCAGGAUAGCAAUGAUGUUCGAGCUGUAACCACCGUGCAUGCAAACUGUUGCCGCCACAUAAGCGCUAAGCUCCGAGAUUUAGCGACCGUUCUCCGUGACUGGAAGAAGUUUAAGGUGGUGGAGGAGAAAUAUGGAAAGGUCGUUGCACGCAACCAAACUUGGAAUUUUCAGUGGUCAGGGCACAGUGGAUGUUGGAAUUCAUGGAAAACAAACAACAAUAAUAAUAUUACUAAAAAACCAAACUGAACCCUUUUUUUUUUUUUUUUAAGAAAAAAUUGUUUUUAAACGUCUCCAUAUAUUUCUAUAAUUUGAUAUUAACAUCUAAAUGUAUUCAAAUAAACUCCUACAAUGUUA